AAACGUGUAGAGAUGCACGAGUGUGUGGGACCGGUGAAGAGCGGGACGCAGCGCGGCCGCGGCGCACGCGCCUCUUUGCGAGUCGAUAAUGCACCAUCGAGGCGUCCACCAACACCGAUCCACAUCGGUGAUCCCGAUUCAGGCAGCCCGAAGUCACUGCAAACGCGAUGGGAUGCCUAGCGGCCACCACUCCAUGCGUUUCGUUCGCGUUUUAUCUUUUCCUGCCUACCUCGGAUGAGAUAAUGUUCUAUUUCGGCAGAUAUUCAUGCGGGCGCGCGCGCGCUAGCGCGUUCGAUACAUCGACACGAGCGUUUCGGAGGUCUCUCGAUUUAUUGGACCUCGACGGUACGACCGCUCUGCCUUCACGUCGCUGAAACUCGGGAGCGUUUCGUUUGAAAACGUCGGCAGAAUCUUCUGAACACUCGUGAAAAACGCGCACCAGACGGCAGUACUUCCGUAGUUCUGUAGUAUCUUCAAGCUUGUGAGCGGAUCUAAGCGCGAAUUUUUCCUCGCGGAAUUUCGGUCCGCCAUACACAUACACACACACACGACGGUGACCUACAACACCAGAUUUCUCCGGAUGCAGACGAUCCUUCCUCUCGCUGCGGGGAUUCAAUUUGAUUUACCUACUUUUGUGCACGGUUGAUAAUAGGAAUGCUACCCUAUUAUCAACGUCCCUCGCGACGAGACCGGUACGUGCACUGGUGCGCUACGCAGGAAGAAGGAAGAACAUCGAUAUCCAGCGAUGCAAGACGACGCACUAGCGAACAGUUUGGCAGUAGCGAGUCCUUUUAUGGGCAUCGAAGGUUGAAUUUGGAGCAGGAGAUCUCGUACGGAAGGGAAGAAGAAGGGAUCUAGAUGCUAGGUAGAGCCAGGGCGAAAUAAAUAAGAGAGAGAGAGAGUCGCGAGGAAGACAGACGAAAGAGCAGAGUAAGGAAAGGAAAAGACAAGGAAAAAAGGGGCGGAAGAGCGUCGGAGGAAGAAAAGAGGGAUGGGCGCUGGGAUGGGCAGGAGUGGCACGACCGGCGGCGGUCUGCUCGAAGCGCUUCCCACAGGAACUCCGCUCCAUGUGGCUAUGCUCGGCCUAGACAGCGCCGGCAAGACAACUGCCCUUUACAGACUUAAGUUCGACCAAUAUCUUAACACCGUGCCGACCAUCGGUUUUAACUGCGAGAGGAUUCGCGGCGGCAUCGGGAAGGCUAAAGGUGUUAAUUUCCUCGUGUGGGACGUUGGCGGGCAAGAGAAGUUGCGGCCGCUGUGGAAAUCGUAUACGAGAUGCACGGACGGCAUCAUUUUCGUCGUUGACUCUUGCGACACUGAGAGACUCGAGGAGGCGAAAAUGGAGCUCACUAGAACGGCGAGAAGUCCGGACAACGCAGGCGUACCGAUCCUGAUACUUGCUAACAAACAAGAUUUACCUGGCGCGAAGGAGGUCGGCGAGUUGGAGAAGUACUUAGGAGUGUUGGAACUGGCCGGUAUGCCGGGUAGCGCCUGUAUUCGCGUACAGCCGGCGUGCGCUAUUACGGGCGAAGGACUCCACGAAGGUCUAGACACACUGUAUCAGCUGAUUCUGAAGCGACGCAAGCUGGCCAAGCUGAAUCGUAAACGGGCCAGGUAGGCCAGGGCUUCGGAAGACUGCACAUGCGUCUUCUGAUAUUGUCGAUCGCGGACAGCUUCCCCUACGGCGACGCUCUCCACAACUUCCUCCUUACCUUCCCGCACUGAUUAUGAGGAGGAGGAGAUGGCACAGUGACUGUGAACGAAGCAGUCACAGUGUGAUCACGAGGGCGUGAUCACAUUAUAAGGUGCGACCAUUUUGCGCAAUCAUUUUCUUUCAGCUUUGAUUCUCCUGACGGGAGAAUCAAUGCUGUUGGAACAAUUUAAUGGUUGCAUCGAUCUUUUUUGCAUGUGUGUUUGGAAAUAUAUAUGCGUGUGCCUGUGCGUUGCGUGUGUACAUAUAAAUACACGUUGAUUGUAAAAUUGCGCGGAGUGUAAGGAGAGAUUAAAAAAAAAACGGAGGGGUUUUAAUGACUAUUGUUCCUAUUAGGUUGUUGCAUAUAAGAUGCCCAUGUUCUUUUUAUGUUUUGCAAAAAGUUAAAAGAUUAUUGACAUUUAAGUAUAUUGAUGUCGAUCGUUACUUGAAAUAUUUUAAUCGAGAGAUACUAUUUUCAUGUGGAUAUUUAUUCGAUUUAUUGCGUAGGAACGAGAGGUGAAUGUUGGGAAUGAUAUUUUCAAGUAGUUUAACAUUUAUAUAAAUUCAUAUGAGGACGUAGUAAUUCGUCAUUUUAUCAGUGAUUGGGUAUAACUUAGGUUUAAAAUAACAUAUCGUCUGUCGUUCUAGCGAAUGAUUUUGAAAGAGGAAUGAACGGGAUCCACUCUGGCGCUAAGUUUAAAUUAUUUUGUAUGCAACAAUGUAAUGAUCAGAGUAAUCAUAAAAUCGUUAUAAAACGUGUGACAAUGCUAGUCGACUGAGGAAUUUUCUAUCGCCGGAGAAGAGUCGAUGCGAAAGUGGUGUAAAUGUAAGUAAAUACUUGUAAAUAAACGGAGAAAGCUGUAAUUUCACGCCGAGACAAAUUUAGGAGGUGUAAAGAUACAUUAACACGAGCAACGAAGUGGGUCAACGUUGUAAAAUCUGUGACAAUAUAUAUAUGUAUGUAUUGUCAUGAAUUACCUGCCGAUAUUAGCAAGAUGCUAUCGCCAUUAAUAACGUUAUAAUUAUGAUGGUCGCUGUAACAGUCAAUAGCUGUCAUAUUUUCCACACGAGAAGCGAUAUGAAUGUAGCACAGCGGUAUAUUUUAUUUACACGUGCGAGAUCGCUUUAAUUAAUCACUGCUUGUUUUGUAAAGUUAACGUUUCCGUGUAAAUCUCGUUACGUAUGAAAGUAUAUAGAUAUUUACUGUUGCUAGGUAGAAAGAGGAAGAAGGAAGAAAGAGAAAGAAAUUUGAAAAGUGAGAGGAGUAAAGAUAAAUUCGGUACAGUGUAAGACUCCAUACGAUUGCAAUUUAGUGAAUUUAAUUUUGUUCCCCCGUAGUAGAAUUAAUUCAAUAAUAGUAAUCGUAGUACGUCAGUGUUUGCGAUUAAUCCAAUUUGCCUUGCACUUCUGAAUCCGUCACAAUAUAUUUCUAGAAGAAACAUAAACCUUUCGAGUACUCAUCGUUCCCUGCUACUCAUUGAUGAUUAUUUAGUAUCAGUAAAUUAUAUCGCAAUUCUCGACAAAUAAUCGUCGCAUCUCUAGUGAAAUAUUCUAUAAAAAAAUGUUGCUCGUGUGUGUGUGUGUGUGUGUGUGUGUGUGUGUGUGUGUGUGUGUACACGUGGUGCGUGUGAGUGCUUGAUGCGUUCGUGAGUAUAUGUAAAGCUGCUCAAAGGUGGAGCGUGUAUCACGACCUUCUUGAAGAGUUUGUACCGAAGGAGUUGAAGCGGCGCUUUGUAGCCAACGAAAUCGCUGUCAAGCAUGGUUGUUGUUUUUAUAUCAACUGUCGUUCCAAAUUCUAUUGUAUACUAUACUUGCCCCUUGUUGUGUUUUAUUAUCUUUGGAUAUUUUAUCUUGUGCUUCGAUCGAUCGUUAGAUCGUCUAUUUAUGUAUACAUACUAUUAAUAGUGAUAGUCUAAGUAAUCCAUGACGCGUAGUGCGUUAGACUGAUACGAUCCUUUCGGAUAUACACGCAGGAAUUUUCAAAUAAAUCCGCUGAUUCCGUUACA